AUAAGGGCUUGGGGCUUUGCAGGUGCAUGAGCGAGAGCAGCUCUUGCUAGGAUGUGGGGUGAGGGCUGUCCCUAUCAGCAUGGAUCUUGCCAGGCUGCAGCAGCAGAGCAGGAGGCUCGGGGGAUACAGGAAGGGCCCCCCCAGCGCAGGUGUCGUGGGGGAGCUGCCUCCCCCCAGAGACAUCCGGGUGGCAGCCCAGUGUGGGGAGGUGUGUGACGCCAGAAGCGGAGCCGAGGCUCAUAUUUGGGCACGGAGCAGGUUAUUGGAGGCUGCGGCCCCAGAGGCGGCAGAGGAGGCACCUGAUAAAGGCUGCCCGGCUGCUGCUGCUGCUGCUGCUGCGUGCAUUGGCUCGGGCGCUGGCGAGAGGUGGCCUGGCUGCGCUGGCUCGGGGCCGCUGCCAUGGGGCCGCUGCUGGCGCUGGGGCUGCUGGUGUGCGUGCAGCUGAGUGCGGGCUCCGGGGAGCUGCGUCUGGUGGGCGGCGGCGGGCGCUGUGCCGGGAGAGUGGAGGUGAAGCUGCAGGGACACUGGGGCUCCGUGGGAGACGAUAGCUGGGACAUGAAGGAUGCUGAGGUGGUUUGCCAGCAGCUGGGCUGUGGCUCGGCUGCCGGUGCCUACUACGCCCGCGAGCGCUUCAGCGAAGGGGACGGGCCCGUCAGUCUGGCCCUGGUGGACUGCAAAGGGUCCGAGGCCACUCUCUGGGACUGCCGGAUCAACGGCUGGGGACCCUAUCAUGGCAGCAUCCAUGACUGGGACACUGCUGUUGUGUGCCAAGGAUUUUCCCGGCUGGUCGGAGGUCCCGGAGCCUGUGCCGGGCAGCUGGAGGUGCGGCAGGGCCGGGCCUGGGUUGGUGUGUGUGAGGAUCAGGUGGACAUGAAGGCGGCCCAGGUGGUAUGCAGGGAGCUGGGCUGCGGGGAGCCGCUCGCCAUGGCCGGCAGUGGCCGGUUUGGGGCGGCAUCGGCAUCGCUCUGGGACGGCGGCUUCCAGUGCAAUGGCACCGAGCCCCUCCUCAGUGCCUGUGCCCGGCGUCCGGCCCCGAGCCAGGGCUGCAGCGGCCGUGCCAGCAUCAUCUGCUCCCCCUACGCGGGCUUCCGGCUGGGGAACGGCAGCUCGGGAUGCUCCGGCCGAGUGGAGGUGGCCGUGAGGGGGACGUGGGGGUCCGUGUGCGCCAGCGAGUGGGACCUGCCCGACGCGCACGUCCUGUGCCGCCACCUGGGCUGCGGCCGCGCCCUCUCGGUGCCCCCGGGAGGCUCCUUCGGCAGCGGGGAGGGGCCGCUGCGGCCGGACACCUUCGGCUGCAGCGGGAGCGAGCGGCACCCGGGCCAGUGCCCCGUGACCGUGCUGGGGAAGGCUCCGUGUGCCCCCGGGAACGCCGCUGCUGUCAACUGCUCAGAUGUUGACUUCGUCGAGUCCCUGAGGCUGGUGGACGGUCAGAGCUUGUGUGAUGGCCGGCUGGAGGAGACCAUAACCAGCCCAGUCUGGCGCCGUGUGCCUCUGGAACAGUGGAAUAAAUGGGAUGUCCAUAUGGUAUGUGCUGUGCUGGGCUGUGGCGUUCCCAAGGAUGUUUACACCGCCAUGGGAACGGUCGCUGCAUUGAGCAGCACGCCCAGACAGGUGGACAUCAUGGCUGAAGAGAUGGACAACAUUUCGGGCAUGGGCUCUGCGCUGACAAGCGGCACUGAGGAGAUAGAUGACAUGCUGGAGAAGAUGGAGAGUCCUGCACCAAACAACAGCUUCGAGGAGAUGGUCGUUGUCUGCUCAAGCAGCCGGCGGGUGAGGCUGGUGGGGAGCUCAGGGCGCUGUGCCGGGCGCGUGGAGGUCUAUUCCGGUGGCAGCUGGAGCAGCGUGUGCCAGGAAGGCUGGGACCUGCAGGACGCUGCCGUUGUGUGCCGGGAGCUGGGCUGUGGCAGGGCCCUGGAGGCCCCGAGCUCGGCGCGCUUCGGUGGCGGCACGGGGCCGCUGUGGCCGUACAUGGCCGAGUGCUCCGGGAGCGAGGAGUCUCUCUGGGAAUGCGGGCGCUCGGAAGAGCGCGAGUGCGGGCGCGGCGUCGGGGCAGGGGCCGUGUGCUCAGAGCAGAUCUCCGUGCGGCUGGCAGGCGGCCGUGGGCGCUGCCGUGGCUCCCUGGAGGUGUCCUAUAACGGCACGUGGGGCCGCGUGUGCUCCAACGGCACCAGCACCGGCACCGCCGGCACCGUGUGCCGCCAGCUGGGCUGUGGGGAGCGGGGCUGGCUGUCGGCCGACACUGCCCAGCAGCCGUCCCGUGCCUGGCUGGCCUGGGUGGGCUGCGAGGACGGGGCCCGCUCACUCUGGGAGUGCCCCUCGGCUCCCUGGCACCUGCAGAGCUGCGGCAUUGGCGGGCACGUCCACGUGGAUUGUGAGGAGGACAGCGAUGGCAGCACUGGGACAGACACUACCCCACAUCCGGAGGGUGCCACCAGCACAGGUAGCUCUGCCCGUGCCUGCAUCCCCCACAUGGGGCUGGCUGGGAUCCCCCUCCCCUCACUGCCUGCCUGUGUCCCCAAAGGUGUUCCCAGGAGAAGAACUCGAGUACCGGCUGUGGGGACGGUGUCUGUGUCAACUGUGCUGUGCGUGGUGCUGGGGACGCUGCUGUGCCUGGCCCUGGGUGCCCUGGCCGUGCUGCUGUGCCGUGCCCGUGCCUGGCGCAGAGGCCGUGGCAGAGCUGCAGAUGCCAUCUCCAAUGGUGUCUACGAGGAGCUGGACUACACGGCCAUGCCGGAGUACCAGGAGGUGCCCAGUCGCCCAGGUUCCCUGUCAGAGGGAUGGAUCAAGAAGAUGCCGUAUUCCAGUGGGGUCAUCGUGGAGAGGAGUGACACCGAGGCAGCCCCAGACCCCCCUGCCUGGCCCGUGAAAGGAAUCCCGGAUGGCUACGACGAUGUCCUGGAUGUGCCACAGGAGACCCCCGCUCCCAGCACUGUGGAUAUGUGCAAGGGAGUGGCACAGCAGAGGUGGAUCUCUGUCCUCCCCACAGGUGGAAUUUCCUCCCCUCCAAGUGCCCCAGAAGCCACCAGGGACCCCUUGGGACAAACUUCGGGGCUCAUGGACUAUGAUGAUAUCGGCAGCAGUGCCCUGGAGACAGAGCCAUGAGGAUUCCCUGUCUAUGCCCCAGCCCUGGGGAUGUGUGUGUGGCAGUGAGGAUUGGCCUUGUCGCCGGGGAAGGGUUGUCCUACCCACACAGAUCACCCAUUCCUGUCCAGCAUUGCAGGAAAACAUCUCCUGUGUAUGGAUUUUCUUUGAUUUCAAUAUGAAUUUCUCUUUUUGCCUAAUAAAACCCAAACUGGACAGAAUCACUGCCAAGGUUUGCACCUCAGUCUAGUGCAGGCUCUUCCAUCCUGGGUUCAU